AUGGUUCUUCAGGAGGGGCUCAUUGACGAGAGUUUGUUAACUUAUCAGCAAAGUCAUCGCUCCCAUUCUAUAUGGGCAAAUAAUGGAGAGCCUCCAGUAGAUUCGAAACCUCUAAAAGUACGACAAAUUAAAGCUAGACUGAAGAAGUUGGACCCCCCGUCGCCACCAGUUUUACAAUUGAUUAGGCAGGCUGGUUUUGGUGGUGUCAUAGAUAUAUCGUUUAUCUCUCUUGACCUUGGCCUCAUGACAGCUUUACUAGAGCGUUGGCAGCCGGAGACCCACUCGUUCCACUUGCGCACGGGUGAGUGGUCUGUAACUUUGCAGGACGUGGAGGUUUUGCUCGGGCUGCCUGUUGAUGGUGAACCUAUAAUCGGGACAACCAAUGAAGACUGGGGUCCAUUAUGUCAGCGGUUGUUAGGGAUAGAGCCGGUAAAUAAAGUAGAUAGAAAAGGUGGUAAGGUAAAGAUGAGCUGGUUACGGGAACAUUUUAAUGGGCAUUUGGUGGCAGGGUAUACGGAGGAAAAUGUUCAGCAACAGGCCCGGGGUUAUAUUCUCCAGUUGAUAGGUGGAGUGUUGAUGUCCGACCACUCAGGGUCCCAAGUCCACCUAGCUUACUUAACCCUCCUUGAAGACUUGACGAUUGUGCGGGGUUGGGGCAGUGCUUGCCUCUCAAAUCUUUACCACUAUCUGUGCCACGGUUGUAAGAGUGGUAAGGACAACGUGGGUGGGGCAUUCAUUCUCCUACAGCUAUGGGCUUGGGAGCGGUUUCCUUUUAUUGCUCCUAGACGUUUGGGUACGCGUCAGCGUCCACCAGGUUCUCCUCUUGGUGCACGGUGGGAUGAUCAUUUUCACUCACUGGAUUUGUCAACCCAUGUUGUUGGAUAUUAUAGACAUUAUUUUGACAUGCAAAGGCCGGAUGAGGUGAUUUGGAGACCGUACAGUGACGAGUUAAUUGCUAGCCUUCCUCCAAGUUGUCGUGCUGGAAGGGCAAUUUGGAUGGCGAAGGUCCCAUUGUUGAAUUUUCCAAUGGUGCAAAUGCACAUGACAGAUAGGGUGAUGCGACAGUUUGGGCGUCGACAAACAAUCCCUGCUCAUUGUAAUUGUAGGCAACCACCGCAUGGAAAGGACUGGAAGGCUGGGCAAAAGGAUUACCGGCAAGACCACCAUGCUGAGUUGGAGAUGUGGAAUCAUAGGUUGGAACAUAUUGUACCUACUGGAGAGCCGGACUCUCAUGAGUAUGCCUAUCCUGCCAAUGAUCCUCAUGUUACUUGGUACGAGAGGAUUACGGUACAAUAUAUUAGUCGACUAGGUGGAGGAGCAGACAAGGCGAUUAGAUUGUUUGAGAGGCUAAUGACAGUGCAGACAAUGGAGGAUAUUGGCUUAGAUGAGCUUCGGUCUAUUGGGGAGGAAGGAGUUGGGGCGAUGUUGUAUUUGGAGAAGUGGUUGCGUAAAAGGCCCCCAAUUGAGCCUAACCAGCCUCAAGCAGAAGGCGUGAAUGUGGCAGAAAAGGUUGACCUCUUACAGGACCCUGCGAUUGAGGUGGAUAAUGCUGUAGCGCAAAAGCCGGUGGACCCAUUCAUACACAAUGAUGCCAUACCGGAUACAGUGGACGUCGGGACUACUUCUGCACCGCAAGAUGCAGAUGGGGGUUCUGUGUCUUCCUCCUUUACGGCACAUAUAGGGAGUGUGCCAAGCUACCCAUUCACGCCUAUGUUUCAAAGUACUUCUCCGCUACCGGUUCACACUGAUAUGUCUUUCGACCCUCAAGAAUGGUUCGAUUGCCCUUUGCAAAACGUAGGAGGUCUGGACACAACUUUUCUUGGCAGGUCAGUGUUAAAGAGGAAGGAGACAUUGGAUGGGAAUGAUGGUGGCAGUUCAGAUGCACCUCCCAACCCUCAAUUGGGAGAUGACUUAGUGGGUACGGGUGGUCACCCCACGGUGGAGGGGGAUGCAGAGGUGCCUGUAAAGCUCGAUGUUCAGGGCAAGCAGGGUGAGGGAGAUGGGGUUGUGACGCAGGCGCAUGUUGUGGAGCAGGAAGUUCAGGAGGAGCAAGAUGGCACCCCACCGUUUGUGCCACGUAGGAGUCAGCAUCAACCACAUCCUGCAGCGUGUGGUACAGGAAGUCACAAACUGUUGCAUUAUUCUAAGCGUAGGAAGGACAUGUAG